UAUAAUGCCUUCAUGUUUACAUUAACGUGCAACGGGAAUUUAACCCCAUUACACCGAACUACUGUGAGCAUCGAAAGAAAUGUCAAUUUUUUAGAUUAAAAUAACCUAUGAAUCACUAUCUUGUUGCCUAGAUGAACUUAAACUGUGUCAUUUAGCACAUUUAAAGCACGGUGUUGUUCCACAUAUGCAUUCUCCGGCUUAGAUGUCGUAAAAACGACCUACAUAUAACCGUAAAGGCAACACGGGCUUGGAGCGGUGGAUCACGUGACCAGCCGUGGUGCCGUACAGGGAAGGAGCGGUUGUCACCAGUCAUUCGCUCUCUUUCACCACAAAGACAGCGAAGAGGAGCAACGAUGUGUACCAGCGUCCAACCCACCGAGUGGACUACUGACCUCAAGAACCAGAACUUCGAUGGCAUCAUUUUAGUGACCCAGAACCAUAACACCCUGCCUCCAGAGCUGGAGUGUCUGAAAGCCCCACUGGAAGACUACAGCUCCGUGGACAGUGGCCUGGGGGAGGAGGUGGUGGUCCUGAAGGUUCCCGGUCUCCCUGGAAACCGGCUGGUGUUUUCCUCCACCGGGCCCGUCAAUCGUGAUUACGAUGACAUCCGACGUUUCAGCGACGCGGCCGUCAACGGCAUGAAGCGGGCCUUGAAAGCUGGCAUGCAGCGCCCCCUGCUGGUGUGCCCUCCACACGCAAACUAUAAGAACAGCACCCUGGUGGCUGCUAUGGGGGGCCUCCAUGCUCUCUAUAUGCCACUGGAAGUCCGGGAGGCAAAGAUAAAGUCGUCAGACUACAAAGUGUGUGUCCUGGGGCUGUGGAGCCCGCAGGAGGCUAAGGGCAGGAGGCUGGUGGAGCUGACCAACGCUCUGGAGAGUGGAAGGCUGGCCUACCGUGACAUAGGCGGCUCAGACCCUGAACGCAUGGCUGCUCCCCGUGUGGCUGAAUACGUCCAGGAAAUGUUCAAAAACAGCCCCGUUCGCGUGGAGGUGGUGAGUGACCUGAAGACCCUGGAGAAAGAGUAUCCCUGUCUGGCUGCAGUCAACCGCUGUGCCAACUGUGUACCUAGACACCAGGCGAGGGUCAUCAAGCUGCAGUACUGCGGAGAGGGACCCAUCCAGAAGACCCUCAUGUUGGUGGGAAAGGGCAUCACCUACGACACGGGUGGAGCAGACAUCAAGGCCGGCGGAGUCAUGGCCGGAAUGCACCGCGAUAAGUGUGGCGCCGCGGCUGUCGCCGGAUUCUUCCAGAUUUUAGCCUACCUGAAGCCUAAGCACCUGAAGGUGGUGGGCUCCAUGGCCAUGGUGAGGAACAGCGUGGGUGCAGACUGCUACGUGGCGGAUGAGCUGGUGGUCUCCCGCGCCGGGCGCAGAGUGAGAGUGGGAAACACCGACGCAGAGGGCCGCAUGGUGAUGGUGGAUCUGCUGUGUGAGAUGAAGGAGAAGGCCGUAAAUGAGAUUAACCCUCAGCUGUUCACUAUUGCGACUCUAACCGGUCACGCCAUCAGGGCCAUGGGACCGGACUACUCGAUCAUCAUGGAUAACGGGCCGGCCCAUCGUAAUGGGAAUGCCGCUCUGUGGCAGAAAGCCGGAGAGGUGCUGGGAGAUUUGUUUGAGGUGUCCAGCAUCAGGCGAGAGGACUACGAGUUCCACAAGGGAAAGUCCGAGUACGAGGACAUCCUGCAGUGCAACAACCUGCCGUCUACAGCCACCCCCCGCGGACACCAGACCCCGGCCGCAUUCCUCAUCAUGGCCUCGGGCCUGGACAAGCAUGGCGUGGAUUCGGAGGUGCCGCUGCCAUACUCCCACGUGGACAUCGCUGGGUCCAGUGGUCCUUUCCCCGGUGUCCCGACGGGAGCCCCCAUCAUCGCCAUGGCAGCCAACUACAUCCUGGCAGAUAGUCUUUAAAGAACUAGCCUACAAAGAUCAAAUUUUCAGACUUAUCCAAGUAGAGGUGAAAUAUUUAGCGCAACUGAGUAAUCCCGUCAUGUCUGAAGGCUCAGACUCAUUUUUGGUCAGACUGUUUUUCCCUUUUCUGAGACUAAAUAUCUAGGAAUCAAGCAUCAAACGAGCUUGUUGGGUGGUCCAAAUAAAUGUAUUCUCAGGGCUUAAAUCACCCUAUUGAAAACAAUGACCUACUCCAUGUGUGCGCAACAGACUGGGAACAUGGUUGUGUGAUUUUUAUUAGGCUGUGUGUCUGUAUGAGAACUUCUUUGAUCAAUAAAAACAGUUUAUAGUCAC